GCCUGUCCCACUCCCGCGCGCUCCUGGGCCCGCCCCCGCCGCCAUCUUGGUCCAGGAGGGAGCGGGGAGCAAGCGCGAGUAAACAGCCUGGGCGGCGAUUGUCGACCUCCGGUAGCAUCUGGGUGCUGCGGGGCUGCGGCGGAGGGGACCAUCUGGAUCUUCUCACGUUGGGGGUGGCCGACAUGUCGGCUCCAGGUGAGAAUCCCCUCCUGCCACUGUUGGAGACUUUGGAAGACUCGUCCGCCUCCCCUGGAGAGCAGACCGACGCUUACUUAUCCCUGACCAGUCGUAUGACUGGAGAAGAAGGAAAAGAAGUCAUUGUAGAAAUUGAGAAAAAUCUUCCUCAGCUGUACAAAGUUUUAAAGAUUCACAUUUCCAGUCAAAACUCAGAGCUGAGUAGUGCUGCUCUUCAGGCCUUGGGCUUUUGCUUGUAUAAUCCCAAAAUUACUUCAGGAUUAUCAGAAGCAGAUAUUCAAGAACUGCUUUCAGAAUUGAAUGAUAUUGUUAAAAGUUCAGACAAAAAUGUACGUACCAGGGCUCUUUGGGUAAUAUCCAAACAGACGUUUCCCACUGAAGUUGUUGGCAAAAUGGUAUCCAGUAUAAUUGAUUCAUUAGAAAUAGUAUUUAAUAAAGGAGAGAUACAUUCUGCAGUUGUUGAUUUUGAAGCAUUAAAUGUUAUCAUAAGGCUAAUUGAACAAGCCCCAAUUCAGAUGGGAGAAGAGUCAGUAAGGUGGGCAAAACUAGUCAUACCUUUGGUGGUUCAUUCAGCACAGAAAGUACAUUUACGGGGAGCCACAGCUCUAGAGAUGGGAAUGCCAUUGUUGCUUCAGAAACAACAAGAAAUAGCAUCUAUUACAGAGCACCUUAUGACUACCAAAUUAAUCCCAGAACUCCAAAAGCUAUUUAUGAGUAAAAAUGAGACGUAUGUUUUAAAAUUGUGGCCCUUGUUCGUUAGACUUCUUGGAAAGACCUUGCAUCGAAGUGGGACUUUCAUCAAUUCUUUGCUACAGCUGGAAGAAUUAGGAUUUCGCAGUGGAGCACCCAUGAUUAAAAAAAUAGCUUUUAUUGCUUGGAAGAGCUUAAUAGAUAAUUUUGCUUUAAAUCCAGAUAUACUAUGUAGUGCAAAAAGACUGAAGUUGUUAAUGCAGCCUUUGAGUUCCAUCCACGUGAGAACAGAAACCCUAGCAUUAACGAAGUUAGAAGUCUGGUGGUAUUUACUAAUGAGACUCGGACCUCAUCUCCCUGCUAAUUUUGAACAGGUUUGUGUGCCUCUGAUUCAGAGCGCAAUAAGUGAUUCUAGCACUUCGCCUCAAGGAAAUUCAUCUCGUAUAGCUUCUUCUCCAGGAUUAAAUCCUAUGACUCCUGUACACAAAGGUCCUUCCCUAUAUGGAGGUCCUGUAACUCCACGAAUACACAUAAGUACAAAUUCAAGUGGAAUGGCAACAAUCCCUUCCAUUCAACUUUUGGGACUUGAAAUGCUGCUUCAUUUUUUGCUGGGUCCAGAAGUCUUGAGUUUUGCUAAGCAACACAAACUUGUAUUGAGCUUAGAACCACUUGAACAUCCAUUAAUCAGCAGCCCUUCUUUUUUUUCCAAACAUGCACAUACACUUAUCACUGCUGUUCAUGACAGCUUUGUUGCAGUUGGGAGAGAUGCUUCUGAUGCAGUUGUCAGUGCUAUCUGGAAGGAGCUAAUUAGCUUAGUGAAUUCACUUACUGAAUCUGGUAACAAAAAAGAGAGACCAGGUUCUGAAGUAUUGACCCUCCUACUGAAAUCUUUGGAAAGCAUAAUGAAGUCUGAAGUACUUCCUGUAUCGAAAACGCUGGUCCUCAUGGAAAUUACAAUUAAAGGACUUCCUCAGAAAGUAUUAGGUUCACCAGCAUAUCAGGUUGCUAAUAUGGAUAUUCUUAAUGGAACUCCAGCUUUGUUCUUAAUUCAGUUAAUUUUCAGCAGUUAUCUCCAGGAAUGUGGUAUAGCAGAUGAAAGGUUUUUUCUAAAUCUGGAAACACUUGUAGGCUGUGUGCUUUCUGGUCCAACUUCACCACUAGCUUUUAGUGACUCUGUUUUAAAUGUAAUUAAUCAAAAUGCAAAGCAAGUGGAAAAUAAGGAACAUCUCUGGAGAAUGUGGAGCAUUAUAGUCACACCUUUAACUGAAUUCAUUAAUCAGACCAAUGAAGUAAAUCAAGGUGAUGCCUUAGAACAUAAUUUUAGUGCCAUCUAUAGUGCAUUGGCUUUACCAAUACAUCAUAUUUUUGCAGUACAGAGAUUGCCUGUGGUGACGAUGAAGGCUUUACUUCAAACUUGGUCAGAAUUAUAUAGAGUAUUUGCUCGCUGUGCUGCUUUGGUGGCAACAGCAGAAGAGAAUUUGUGUUGUGAAGAACUUUCUUCUAAGAUAAUGUCCAUUUUGGAUGAUGAAGCCUUUUUGAAUUUGUGGUUCUUGGACAGGAUCAUUCAUAUUAUUACUGUAAUAGUGGAUUGCAUUGACUUUUCACCAUAUAAUACUAAAUAUCAGCGCAAAGUUAAAUCACCACAGAGAUCUUCAGAUUGGGCCAAAAAGAAGAAAGACCCCCUAGGAAAAUUGGCCUCUUUAGUUAAACUUAUUGUAAGAGUCAUCUGUUCUUUCCACACUUUGAGCUUCAAGGAAGCACAUUCUGAUGCGCUACUUGGUGUCGGCAACUCAAUCAUUAGCAUGAUUUCCAAUCUACUUGGACAUAUUUCUUUGCCUUCUGUGAUUCGAAAAAUAUUUGCAGUAUUAACAAGACCCUUGGCAUUGUUUUAUGAAAACUCCAAGCUUGAUGAAGUUCCUAAAGUGUAUAGUUCUCUGAACAACAAGUUAGAAAAGCUACUAGGAGAAAUUAUUACUUGUCUACAGUCCUGCGCUGGCACUUAUGACAGUGAACUUCUUGAACAGCUCUCCCCACUGUUAUGCAUAAUAUUUCUGCACAAGAAUAAACAGAUUCGAAAGCAGAGUGCUCAGUUCUGGAAUGCUACAUUUGCUAAAGUGAUGACGUUGAACUAUCCUGAAGAGUUAAAACCAGUACUAAGAGAAGCCAAACAAAAAGUUUUACUUCUGUUGCCUGGUUUGGAAAAUGUUGAAAUAAUAGAGGAAUCCAGUGGAUCAUAUUCAGAUGCAACAGAAAAUUCACAAUUAAACAUGAAGAUAAGUGGUGUGGAAAGAAAAUCAAAUGGAAAAAGGGAUUCUUUUUUGGCACAAACAAAGGAAAAACAAGAAAAUAUGAAGCCAUCUGCCAAACUGAAACGAGAAUCUUCAUCUCCAAAAGUAAAGAGGGAAAUGCUUUUGGAAGAAGAAAAGUCUACUGAUUUUGUGUUUAUACCUCCAGAAGGAAAAGAAUUAAAGGAAAGAAUACUAACUGAACACCAAAAAGAAGUACUCAAGACAAAGCGGUGUGAUAUUCCUGCCAUGUAUAAUAAUCUGGAUGUUUCACAAGAUACCUUAUUUUCUGAUCACUAUAGUCAAGAAGAGUCUGUGCAAACUCCUACUUUAACUGAAAAACCAAAGGAAGAUACCAAGAUGGUGAUUAAGGAGGAACAAAUGAAGAGUGAUACUGUUAUUCAAGAUGCCUUGGAAAACUGUGGUAUGGAUGAACAUAUCGAAAAGCCUUCUUUUUCAAAUAAUGAGUGUGGUUUUGUUCCCAAAACCAAUCCAGAAAUACUGAGCAGUAAUAACAAAGCCAGAAAAAACACUUUAAUUUCAUCAAAGAAAACUUCAACUGAAUGUACAUCUAGUGCAGAAAAUUCAUUACCCAGCAGUCGAUCAGUUUCUGAUGCCAGUAUUUCUGGAACUCACCCACAGCCUACAAGUCGGAGGCAAAGCUUUAUUACCUUGGAGAAGUUUGAUGGUUCAGAUAAUAGACCUUUCAGCCCAUCCUCCUUGGGUAAUAUGUCUUCAGAUAUUUCAGUGCAAAAUAACUGUGAAAAUGUGACUACAACAGAUAGUACACCAAAAACAAAGAAGAGAGAAGUGAUGCAUUCAAAAUCUGAUUCUGAAAAAAUACUGAAUGGAGUUAAGCGAUCAAGCAGAAGAUUGAGUAAAGCUGAGAGGGCAGCAAAUAAAAGAUCAAAACCCUUGAUAAAAUCUGAACAGGAGGAAAAUAAUCAAGAACCUGUUGAAGGGACAAUAGCUUUAGAAAAUAUUAACUCACCUGAUUUGCAUAAUCAAACAGAAUGUUUGUCAGAUGGUCAGGUUCAUUUUUCUGAAUCUGUUGGGGAGCAUGAAGAUAAGCCUAAACCAACAGUAGAAAAUGCUGUGUUAUUGGAAACCAGUACUGUCCAAGAGAAAAACAUGGGGGUUAAUUUAGAAUCCAAAGAAAAUACACCUCCAGCAGUGACUCCAGCAGAUGAAGUGGUUAAUGAAGAAAGUCAAGUUCAGGUAACUCCAAAUCAAAAAACCCUGAGACGGUCUUCAAGGCGACGUUCAGAAAUAACAGACUGUAUUGGUGAUAACCAAGAUAAAGAAAAUAGUCAUCAAAAAAGGGAAAGACGUAAGGAAGAGGAAAAACCUCAGAGUUUAUUGCAUGUGUCACCUAAGCAGAAACUGACUUCUGAACAAACAGAACAGGACAAAUUACUUGAGAAAGAAAAUAAUUUACAUGAGAAGGCUUCUGGUGAAACCAGUGCUAAUGCUGACAUUGACCAAAAUAAAAGAAAACCAGACCUUGAAAAUGUUAAUUCUGAGGGUGAUAGUGCCCUGGACAUUGUAGAUAAGUCCUCUGAGAAACCUUUAAGAGGCCGAACACGUUAUCAAACAAGAAGAGCAUCUCAGGGUUUACUUUCCAGCAUUGAAAAUUCAGAAUCUGAUAGUUCUGAGGCAAAAGAAGAAGGUUCUAGGAAGAAGAGAUCUGGAAAAUUGAAAAACAAAAACAAUGACAGUGUUAAUAUUGAAGAACAAGAAAAAAUGGUAGAAAAGGAAUCUCUAAAUGUAGAGAAUCACACACAGGAUCAUAAAGCAACUUCUGAAGUAGAUGUAGACAAAAAGCCUCCGGUUUGUGAAAAAGAUGCAAGUAGUCCUGAAAUACUUCAGGAUUCUACAGCAGCUACAGAUACUUUACAAGUUUCUGAUGUUGUGCCAAAUACAUAUGAGGGAAACGCUAAGACUAGCAAAUGUGCAGAGUAUACCUUUGCAAGUUCACCUAUGCCAGAAUCAAAUUUAAGGACUAGAAAUGCAAGUAAGAGAUUGCUUAAGCGAGAUUCUGGUAACAGUGUGGGAGAAUGUUCCAAAACUAGGACAUCAGAAAUUUCUGUGCUUUCUGAAAAAAAUGUGCAGACAUUUGAAUGCCAGCAUAAGAGAAGUCGGAGGGUGAGGCGAUCUAAAGGUUGUGACUGCUGUGGGGAAAAAUCUCAACUUCAGGAAAAGUCAUCCAUUGGGUUAAAGAACACAGAAAAUUUUGACAUAAAGAGUAACGAAACAAAAAAGACAGAUGUGCAAACACCUGACACAGUAUUAGAAACAGAUUCUAAAGCUAAUUUGUGUUCUGAAGCAAAAUUUUUAGAUGAAUGUGGAAGUGUGAAUUUUAAUUUGGUUCUUAAGGGGAAUGAUACUAUUAAUGACUUUGUACCUGAAAUAGAGUCAAAAGAAAAUACUAUUCAAAAAUCUUCUGAAAUAGUAAAUUUGAAAGAAAAAGCUUGUGAUGUGGAUUCUGGUGAAGUGUCUCUUGAAAGUGAAGAGCCAACAAAUAAGAAAUUUAAAGCAGUGGGCCCAUGUUUAGGUGAUUGUAAGGACAUUUCAGAAGAAUAUCAUUUGGACACCAAGGAAGAAAAGCCAGAAACAACCCUCAAAAAAGAACUUACUGUUGUUAAUAUUGAAGGAAAUGCAUGUCAAGUGAUAGGAGAAUCCAAUCUAGAGGGAGUAAAAGCUAUGGAAUUAGAUGUAGAAAACAAUAAAUCUGAAGCUAGUGUUUCUGAAAAAGAGUAUGUCGAAACUGAUACUUCUAAAGUGGCAACAGAGGAAUGUAAGAGUAGUGAUGACCCUAACACAGAAACAGCUGACAAAGUAGAUGUUGAAGCAGCAGCUGAGGAAUUUUAUUCAGGUGUUAGUCUUUGUGAUAACACCACACUUAUAAAUGUGAAUACUCAGACUCAGAUUUCUGAACAAAUAGGCAGGGAGGCAGGUGACAGAAGUAAUGAGUCAGAUUUAGGCACAUCUGAAGAAAUGAAUGCUAAAAUGGAAAACUAUGAAGAAACGCUGAUUGGUCACAUGAAUAAUGAAAUUGCCAGUGUCAAAGAAUCAGAGGAUGAGGACAUGACUCCUAAAACUAAGUCAGAAGAAACCAAAACAGAACAGUUGAGUGCAGAACUUGACAGUUUUGUUCUUGACAAACUUGAAAUGACUAACAAGGAAGAAAAGGUUGACUCUAAUAAAACUGAAACAAAUACUGAAUUUAGUAAGUCUGAAGAAGCAAAUUUAGAUGACAAUCAAAUGGUAGUGGGAAAUGACAUUUUACUGGAAGUUAAUCAUACUCCACAUAAAGUGGAGGAACCAUCACAGUCUUUGACAUCUGAAACAACUAUCUCUGAGCUAGUAACAGAGGACAAUAAUUCAUCUCCUGAAAAAUUACGAGAACUUGAUUCUUUAUUCAUGUCAGCAAGUGAUAGUCCUAGUGGCAUACAGACACGCUGUGUCUGGUCUCCUUUGGCUUCUCCAUCUACCAGCAUUUUAAAGAGAGGACUAAAACGACUCCAAGAAGAUGAGAUCUCAUCACCUGUUAACAAGGUUCGUCGUGUCUCAUUUGCAGAUCCAAUAUACCAAGCAGGAUUGGCAGAUGACAUUGAUAGGCGAUGUUCUCUUGUGAGGUCUCAUUCUUCAAAUAGUUCUCCUGUAAUUAAAAGUGUUAAAACUUCACCUACUACACAAACUAAGCAUAAUACCACUUCAGCCAAAGGAUUUCUGUCCCCAGGAUCACGUAACUGUAAAUUUAAGAGCUCAAAGAAGUGUUUAAUUACAGAAAUGACCAAAGAAUCCAUGCCAUGCCCCACAGAAAGUGUUUACCCAGCUUUGAUGAAUUGUGCAGCGCCAGUCGACAUCAUUUUACCUCAGAUUACAUCCAACAUGUGGGCAAGAGGUCUAGGACAACUUAUCAGAGCCAAGAAUAUAAAAACUAUUGGGGAUUUGAGUACUCUUACAGCAUCAGAAAUAAAAACUCUUCCUAUUCGUUCUCCAAAAGUGUCUAAUGUAAAAAAGGCUCUCAGAAUAUAUCAUGAACAGCAGAUGAAGUCUCAUGGACUUGAAGAAAUUCCAGUUUUUGAUAUUUCUGAGAAAACACUAAAUGGAAUGGAAAAUAAAUCAGCUGAUGAAGAAAGGCUUGUCUCAGAUUUGAUUAAUCCUGUUGCUUUAGAAACUCCAUUAUCUAAAAAUCUUUUGGCACAAAUUAGUGCUCUUGCUCUUCAGUUGGAUUCAGAAGAUCUUCAUAAUUAUUCAGGAAGCCAGCUAUUUGAAAUGCAUGAGAAACUUGGUACUAUGGCAAACUCUAUAAUAAAAAAUCUACAGUCACGUUGGAGAUCACCAGCCCAUGAAAAUACUAGUUUGGAAAAUGUGUUCCUGGUAAAACACUUCAAGUGAGAUGCAAAACAUUUGGGAUUUUACUCCUGUAGAUUUUUGGACAGCUUGGAAGAAAAAAAUACCAAAUUUCAACUUCUUGGGUUAAAAUAUUAAUGCAGAAUGUACUAAAAUCCUAUUCCUUUGCAUUAGCAAACAUUUUUGCAGCAGCAUUUGCCUGUGAAAAUUUACUCGUGAGACAUACAGUAUUCAUUUAUAAAUGCAUGACUGUACAUUAUGUAUAGAUGGUAUUUUUAAUUUAUAAAUUUCAGCCUUCAUUGCAUGUUUCUCUGCAGCUUGUUGUGAAUACCUUGGUUUUGUUUAAUUGAAACAUUUGUAUAUAUUUAAUACUGAAAUAUCAGUAUGGACAAUAGAAAUAAUUCAUGGGCUUGCUGCAGAUAUUUGUAAUAUUCUACAUCUACAAAUAAAACAACACAUAGUUUUUGUACUUAGUUAAUAAUCUCAGUUAAAACAUGGGUUUGUUUUCUGAAGUAUCCAAAAAGUAAAAUUAUUGGGCCGGGGAUUUGGCUCAGUGGUUCCACCACCUGCCUCGCAAGCGCCAAGACCCGAGUUCGAUCCCCGGAACCAAAAAAAAAAAAAAAAAAAGAAUGGAAUGCAAAAAGUAAAAUUACUGAAACAAGAAAAUGUUACAUGACAACUUUGCUAUUCAUGCCCUUGUCUUUUUUUUUUCUUUUGGUUUGGAAGAUACCAGCCACUAGAAAGUGUGCCUCAUUAACAUUUCUUCUUAAUGAAGAGUUAGUCUGAACAUAUAUUCAUUGCAAAUUGGACUAUAAGAAGUCUAGAGAUAACCUGCUUUUUCCACCUAUACCUAAAAAUAAAGUUGGAAGAAGUGGUGAAAUUGUUCUUUUUAUAUGUGCAUGUAUGUUUUGCCAAGUUUAAAAAUAGAGUGUGUAAUUAAAACAUUGGUAAAUUUCAGCAAGUAGUAUUAGUGCCUGGCUUCCCAUAUAUGUUAUGUCUUUGUGUGCAUGAGACAGAGACAAGGACUUGCUGUGUAGUCCAGGCUGGUCUUGAAUUUGAAAUCCUCUAGCCGUAGUCUCUCCUGAGUGCCCUGAUUACAGGUCUGUGCCACCCCAUCAAGCUUAUUUUUGUGGGGUUUUUUUUUUUGUCUUUUUUUUAAACUAGAAUUAUAUCUCACUUGUUCUCCAAUAGAAUCAGUGAGUUGAUUUUGUUAUAGUUAACACCUACUUGAAAAGCAUGCUUCUAGGUCAAGUCAUAGAAAGGUUAACCUUCGGUCUACUUUAAGAUUUUCCUAUCCAGUAGGGACUUUCAGGCAGUUCCAAUAAAAAUUAAUACCUCUCUUCAAAAUCACAGAUAUAUUGUUUUAUACAUAUUUUUUGUUUGAAGAAUACAUAUAUAUCACAUAUAUAUGUGUGAAAUGGUUUUAAAAAGAAAUCCUGAAAUUGUUGAACCAAGAUUUGUAGUUUGAUUAAAAAAAUGAAAAACUCAGUUUUUUUUUUUUGGUACCAGGGAUCAAACUCGGAUCCUUCUGCUUUUGAGGCAGGUGGCAGAACCACUGAGCUAAAUCCCCGGCCCAAAAACUCAAUUUUUAAAAGAACCACAAUUGUAGUUUACAUUGUCUGUCAUAUUUAACAGUGAAGAAGCACAUGAGUGUUUGGUGAACAGGUAUGAAUAAGAAAGGGUAUGCAUUUACUGAAGGGAUAGCUGUGUACUUUAAUGCAGACACAGUUCAAAGUAAGAAUCAGUUUCAUGACUACAUGCUGUAAGAUUUGUAUGAACUGGGCCGGGGAUUUAGCUCAGUGACACCGUGCCUGCCUCGCAAGCACAAGGUCCUGAGUUCCAUCCCCAGUACCAAAAAAACAAAAACAAAAACCAGAAAAAUUUGUAUGAACUAUUCACAUUUGCUGGUGGGAUACAGUUCUUGGGAGACUGGGUAGUACACCAGAAAAUGUGAGUGAAAUGAUUACCAUGUACAUACUUAAAUUAUUGAAUUUGAUACAAGUAUUAGUACUAGUUAAAACAAAUUGUGGCUCAAUGAAGUGUUUAAAAAUAUUAAGGCAAAUGUCAGCUUGUUAAAUCAUCUGUUGCUGUCGUUACAAGCAUAUAUUUGAAUCACCUUACUUUAAUAUUGCCUAAAAUUUUUCUGCAAAUCUCUCCCUGAAAUAACAAAAGCAUUAAUAUUUUUUGGUAGGCUCCAGUGUAUUGUUUCACUAAUAAAAGAUUUUUUUCUGAUCGUUAAUAAAACAUGGCAGAUACUACUAACAACACUCAAAUCUGGUUUCUUAAUAUUCAUCUUGAAUCUAGUGGCAUGCAGUAUAACUUUUAAUAUCUAUGAAAUCUGUUGGAUUAGAUUUCAGUGGAUUUAAACUUGAAUUGAGUCCAUUUAAAGAUACUCUGUUUUAACAAGUUUAAAACCAUUGGAGCUUUACUCUUAAUUCCUAAUAGUGUAGGUUGGGUCAAGUUAAUCCUUUUAGGAGUAAUAUAGUCAAAAACAGGAUUGAAGUCUGAAGUUUAAAAGCAUGAUAGCUGGCUGACAUUGCCCAGUUUUUUUUAGGUUUUUUUUUUUUUUCUGUACAACUUGAAGGUAGUCAAGGAUUCUGUUACCUAUUUAAGGGUAAUAGAAAUAUUAAUUAGGAGAUCAAGAAAUUAAAUUGGAAAAAAUAGAGAUCUGAAUAUCUAAGUGGGAUUUUGUGGGAUUUUUUUUUAUAGGAAUGAAAAUAUUACAGAAACUGCUAUUGGAAAAGCUAGUUGAGAUUUAAGAGAAGAUUUUGGUAGGUGGAAGAGACUAUAUUUACUAAGCCACUUAAACCCUUAUGUGUAUAUACAUACAUGUAUACACAUAUAAUGCUGAACUUUUGAUAUUUAACGCAGUGCUUUUCAAACUUGUAGAUGCAGGUAAAAUUGUGAAUUCUGAUUAAAUAGAUCUGAGUUGUGGGUCUGAGCCCAUGUUUCUAAGAGAUUCAGAGUAUCUAUACAGAUACUGAUGUCCAUUAAUUGCACUUGUAAUAGAUAGGCUUAAGAGACUCCAAGCUUAUGUAGAUUUUGAUAAUGCAAGCAGAUUUAAGUCCUUAAAAUUAUUCUUAAUAAAUGACUCAGGCUAGAAUUUUAUAAAUUUUUGAAAUAAAUGAAUUGAGAAUGCAGACUGAUUGUGAAGUUUUCAAAUUAAAGUUUAAAACUUUAAAAGUUAAGGACAGAAUUUUAUCUCUUUUGGAGCCUCUAAAAAUAGUAAAUUUAAAAAAAAGGGUACCCCUUAAGAGUUAAGUCUCAUGUUAAAAAGAACAUCAUUAAUGCAACAGAUUAGAUAGCAUAUUUUUGUGAGUAUAUGUGGAUCAUGUUUUCAUUUUUCAUUAAUAGUAAAAUAUAUUUUCAAAUAAUCAGAAAUAGUCUAAAUUUUACUGUCAUUUUAUUAAUAAACCUUGAAAAAGGUAUUACCUCUAAGAUUGUUUGGCACUAGUAUUGCCAUAAUGAAGUCUUGUCUGACCGAAAUGCUUUGUCAUAUUACUGAGGACUUCUGGUAACUUCAUUUGUUCAUUGAGAAUUUCUAUUUCAUUAUAAAAUGUUUGAAAGGUACAAUUGAAUAACUUGAUUCUCUAAAGUGAAUUUUUCUUGAAAUUGUGCUUGGGUGUCGGGUUACCCUCACAUAUUUAAAACUGUAUUUGUAAGGGCUGCCGUAAUUCAAAGGACUUCAGAAAAUUUAACCAAAAGUCAUAUAAUAGGAUUUUGAAAUCACUUUAUCAGGAUUUAUUUAUUACAGUGAGGCAUGAUAGCUCACAUCUCUGUAAUACCAACACUGGAGGCUGAGGCAGAAUUGAGUUCAAAGUGAGCCUACACUAUAUUCAAGACCAUGUCUCAAUUUUUAUGGAUUGCUUAAAUUUAUGAUUUAUUGUGGCCCAGUUAAUGGGAUGUUUACUAUAUGCCAGGUUUAAAGCCUAGUCCUUCAAAUUUGAAAAUCUGUAUACUAGUCUUAAAGAAUGAGAGUUCACUCCAUUCUUAGAAUACAUGUUAAAUUUUUACAUUGUGUUGGGCCGGAGAUUUAGCUCAGUGGUUCCACCGCCUGCUUCGCAAGCUCAAGGACCCGAGUUCGAUCGCCGGUACUAAAAAAAAAAAAUAGAAAAAAAAAAAAAGUUUUUACAUUGUGAUCUUAACCAUUUUUCCUUUUAUAUACUAGGCUUUUCCCAAAAGAACAAUUAGUUUUGUUCUUUAAAUCCAGAGAUGACAUACUAAGCUGUUAACCCUACUUUUCUGUAAGACUAUAAAACUGAAGGCUAUCUUUUCCAGUUGUUGGUAUCAAAAGGAAGAAAAACUAUGUAAUUUUAUUUUCUUCUAUUAUCUUUACUGACAUUGUGGCUAAAUCUAAGCUCUUUAAACAGUAAGCAGAUAUGCUGGCGGGAGUUGAUAUACUACAGAGUGAUAAAGUGAGGUAGAAGGAAAAGGAACAUUGAACCAAAAUUUUAAUAAGGAACUUACGCUAUUUGAUAUAGGGACAAGCAGUCCUAUCUUGAGCUAUUCUAUACCUAACACAGUACUAUAAUUGAGUGACGUUUUUAAAAAGUCCCCCCACCCCCGCACACACCAGCAGUAAAUUAUUUUCAACAGAAGGCACCUUUAUUAAGUGGACAAGAAACAAGUGAGUAGGAAGUUCACCUUUAAAAUUGUAUUAUGGAACUGAAAAUGGAAUAUAGUAUAAUUAUUUUUCUACAUAAUUGAAUGAUUAAAAGAUGCCUGAAGCAUUUAUUUUUAUAGAAUGAAAACUUUUUAAAAAAAUGAAUAUGAGAUGGGAUCAGUUUUUGAAUAUAGAAAUUAAAGGGUGGUGUUCUUACCUAGUAAGCAUGUAUACAGGGACCAGACAACUACACUUGCCACCUGUUUUUGUACUGCCCACAAGCUAAAAUGGCUUUUUAUAUUUUUAUAUGGUUGGAAAAAGUUGAGACUGUUUUGAAAAGAAUGAAAAUAUAUGAACAACAACUUUAGUGUCCAGAAAUGAAGAUCUAUUGGAACACAGUUACGCUUAUAUACUAUUGUUGGCUGCUUCCCUGCUAUUAUGUCAGAGGUGAGUAGUCUGACACAGAUGUAUAACUAGUAACUACUAAUAUGUUUACUAUCUGGCCCUUUCAAAUUUGUCAGGUCCUGUUUUGUUCAUAUGUGGCAUAUAGUUAAUUUGCUUUUUUGCUUCUUGCUGGCUUGACUGGAUUUUGGAUUCCUUUUCUAUUACUUGUGUUUUAUUUAUAAAGUGGAUUCCAUGAUUUCAUUUAUUUUACUACUACUCAGACAUACUAAGAGAUACUAGUACUUUUUAAAAUAUACCUGUUUAUUCUUAAAUCUCAAAGUAGUUGUUUGCUAUGAAAAUAAGGGACUUUGGUUUGAAGGAAAAGAAUUUGGCACUAAUAUGUUAAAUUAUACCUGUGAAAUAGGAUAUAGGAGUUUGCUUUUCAUGUUGAAUUGGCGAUUGCUUUCAACCUAUUUAACUCUACCUCCUGUUGAUAGCCCUAACUGAUAUGUGCACUUAGAAAAAGAUUGGUAAGAGCCAAACUGGUCAUGUAAUAACCCUACAGUGUUUUUGUUGGCAUCACUUGGCAGACUGAGAGCUUAGUUUUACAUUCACAAAGUAUUUGAUAACACUUUCAAAAUUAAGUUGAAACAAUAAAAAUACCUGUUACUAUUAACUGCACUAUAUGGUAAAUAAGGUGCAGUUUUAUUUGAUCAUGUUAAUGCUUUACACAAUAUUUGAAGCAGGUAGAGCUACACUUUCAAAAAUAGAUACUUCUGGUUCAUUUUGACUGUUGAGAAUCUGAUGCAUAGUAAAACCUGUUUUGAAUUGAGAGUUGACUGUUAAAUUUGCUAAUCGUAAUGGUUAUUGCAACUUUUUUUUUUUUUUUAAGAAAUGCACUUUUUACCAAGAAUAAAACUAAAAUCUAAA